GACUCGCCCGGUUCCGAGCGUGCGUACACCGAAGGUUCCUUCCGCUCCGCGUCUCCGUUGACUGGAGACAGGCGGAGCGCCGGCUUCCCGGGUCUGUGUCCUCUAGUGAAACCAGGAGGAUCCAAGAAUUCUGAAGCUACAAUGUUGUCAAGACUCUUCCGAAUGCAUGGCCUCUUUGUGGCCUCCCAUCCCUGGGAAGUCAUAGUGGGGACAGUGACAUUGACCAUCUGUAUGAUGUCCAUGAACAUGUUUACUGGUAACGAUAAGAUCUGUGGUUGGAAUUAUGAAUGUCCAAAGUUUGAAGAGGAUGUUUUGAGCAGUGACAUCAUAAUUCUGACAAUAACACGAUGCAUAGCAAUCCUGUAUAUUUACUUCCAGUUUCAGAAUUUACGUCAACUUGGAUCAAAAUAUAUUUUGGGUAUUGCCGGCCUCUUCACAAUUUUCUCAAGUUUUGUAUUCAGUACAGUUGUUAUCCAUUUCCUAGAUAAAGAAUUGACAGGCUUGAAUGAAGCUCUGCCCUUUUUCCUACUUUUGAUUGACCUUUCCAGAGCAAGUGCACUGGCAAAGUUUGCCCUCAGCUCCAACUCACAGGAUGAAGUAAGGGAGAAUAUUGCUCGUGGAAUGGCAAUUUUAGGUCCCACAUUCACCCUCGAUGCUCUUGUAGAAUGCCUUGUGAUUGGAGUUGGCACCAUGUCAGGGGUGCGUCAGCUUGAAAUUAUGUGCUGCUUUGGCUGCAUGUCAGUUCUCGCCAACUACUUCGUGUUCAUGACUUUCUUCCCAGCUUGUGUGUCCUUGGUUUUAGAGCUUUCUCGGGAAAGCCGCGAGGGUCGUCCAAUUUGGCAGCUCAGCCAUUUUGCCCGAGUUUUAGAAGAGGAAGAAAAUAAACCAAAUCCUGUUACUCAGAGAGUUAAAAUAAUUAUGUCUCUAGGCUUGGUUCUUGUUCACGCGCACAGUCGCUGGAUAGCCGAUCCUUCUCCUCAAAACAGUACGGCAGACAAUUCUAAGGUUUCGUUAGGAUUGGAUGAAAAUGUGUCCAAGAGAAUUGAACCAAGUGUUUCCCUCUGGCAGUUUUAUCUGUCUAAAAUGAUCAGCAUGGAUAUUGAACAAGUUAUUACCCUAACUUUGGCUCUCCUUCUGGCUGUCAAGUAUAUCUUCUUUGAACAAGCAGAGACGGAAUCUACACUCUCAUUAAAAAACCCUAUCACAUCUCCGGUAGUGACCCAAAAGAAAGUCACAGAUGACUGUUGUAGACGUGAACCAACACUGGUCAGAAAUGACCAGAAAUUGCACACAGUGGAGGAGGAGGCCAGGAUAAACAGAGAAAGAAAAGUUGAGGUUAUAAAACCCUUGGUGGCCGAAACUGACACCUCAAGCAGACCUACGUUUGUGGUUGGUAACUCCACACUUGAUUCUUCGCUGGAACUAGAGACGCAGGAACCUGAGAUCCAAAUUCCCUCGGAGCCUCGGCCUAAUGAAGAAUGUCUACAGAUACUUGGAAAUGCAGAGAAAGGUGCAAAAUUCCUUAGUGAUGCUGAGAUCAUCCAGUUGGUCAAUGCUAAACAUAUCCCAGCUUACAAAUUGGAAACUUUGAUGGAAACCCAUGAACGAGGUGUAUCUAUUCGCCGACAGUUACUUUCCAAAAAACUUCCAGAACCUUCUUCCCUCCAGUAUCUACCCUACAGAGACUAUAAUUACUCCUUGGUGAUGGGCGCUUGCUGUGAGAAUGUUAUUGGAUAUAUGCCCAUCCCUGUUGGAGUGGCAGGACCCCUGUGCUUGGAUGGAAAAGAAUUUCAGGUUCCAAUGGCAACAACAGAAGGUUGCCUCGUGGCCAGCACCAAUAGAGGCUGCAGAGCAAUUGGUCUUGGUGGAGGCGCCAGCAGCCGAAUCCUCGCAGAUGGCAUGACUCGUGGCCCAGUGGUACGUUUUCCACGUGCUUGUGACUCUGCAGAAGUGAAGGCCUGGCUCGAGACACCUGAAGGGUUUGCAGUGAUAAAGGAGGCAUUCGACAGCACCAGCAGAUUUGCUCGUCUACAGAAACUUCACAUGAGUGUGGCCGGACGCAACCUUUAUAUCCGUUUCCAGUCCAGGUCAGGUGAUGCCAUGGGGAUGAACAUGAUUUCGAAGGGUACAGAGAAAGCCCUUUCGAAACUUCAUGAGUAUUUCCCUGAAAUGCAGAUUCUGGCAGUCAGUGGUAACUAUUGUACUGACAAGAAACCUGCUGCUGUAAACUGGAUAGAGGGAAGAGGAAAGUCUGUUGUGUGUGAAGCUGUCAUUCCAGCCAAGGUUGUCAGAGAAGUAUUAAAGACUACUACAGAAGCGAUGGUUGAGGUCAACAUUAACAAAAAUCUGGUGGGCUCGGCCAUGGCCGGGAGCAUCGGCGGCUACAACGCCCAUGCAGCCAACAUCGUGACUGCCAUCUACAUUGCCUGCGGUCAGGAUGCGGCACAGAACGUUGGCAGCUCCAACUGUAUUACUUUAAUGGAAGCGAGUGGUCCCACAAAUGAAGACUUGUACAUCAGCUGCACCAUGCCAUCCAUAGAGAUCGGGACCGUGGGCGGGGGGACCAUCCUGCUCCCUCAGCAGGCCUGUUUGCAGAUGCUAGGGGUUCAAGGAGCGUGCAAAGACAAUCCUGGGGAAAACGCCCGGCAGCUCGCCCGAAUUGUGUGCGGUACAGUGAUGGCUGGGGAGUUGUCCCUAAUGGCAGCUUUGGCAGCUGGACAUCUCGUCAGAAGUCACAUGAUUCACAACAGGUCAAAGAUAAAUUUACAAGACCUCCAAGGAACUUGCACUAAGAAGGCAGCUUGAAUAGGCUGACAGUUCUGAACGGAAACACGGGCUUUGGGUUCUAAAGGAUUGACAUAAAAAUCUGUGAAUUAAAAAAGCUCAAUGCAGUGUCUUGUUGAGGAUGAAUAGUCGUGAUCAGUGAGACGACUGCUUGGUUUCUGACUCUUUCGGAAAGUCUGAGGUUCUUCUUUCCACGCAGAUUCCUCAGAUCUGAACACAGUUUACAUGCCUUACAUGCUGUGCUCUUUGGAAAGUCCUCAACAUGGAUACUCUGCCUUUAGAGCAUCACAGUGGUAAUCGACCGCACACUUCUGCAAGAGAAUACAGCUGGAAAAGAGUGUUUUCUUGUGAUGAAAUUCAUGGAGUUCAUGGUGAUCAGUGUGAGAUUGAACCCUCCUCCUGUCCACACCCCUCAACCCCCAACCCUGGGUUGAAAAUGGAUUUUUAAAUUAUAUUGUAGCUGAUAAAACUCCUGAUUUCAUAGUUAAUUUAUUAAGUCUGGGUUGUAGAACUUUAAGAAAUAAGAGCUAAGUUUAUUUUUUUGUAAACUAAUACUUCAUUUGGUGCUGGUCUGUUUUGAUUUUGGGGGGGAUAGCCAAUGUGAUUCUUCAGAAGGGGGCCUGCUUUCUUCAAGAGAAGAAUUGCCCUUAUCCCUGGAUUACAGAAUAAUGUGCUACUAAGCAGUGCUAAAUAGUUCUCUUUCAAGAAAACAAAUCACUGCAUUUAUCUCUGCAGGUUAUUUGUUCAGAGAGGACUCUGGUCUAAAUAUAAAUGUUUGUUUAGAUUGGCCAUAUCUUUCAGCAUAUAAGGCUUUAAGAAGCAGAGUUUUGUGCUCUUUAUUAAAGAUCCAAGAGCUCUUAAUAUUGCUUAGAUGAAGGUGGCUCUGUUUAUCAAUGAUAUACAAGUCUAUGACCUCUCUUGGAACUCAGCAGGUGGAAAACACAGGUUUGGAAGAAAAUUACCACUUUGCAAAGCCAACUUUUUUUUUUUUUUUUGGCCGCACCCUCGGCAUGUGCACGUUCCCGGGCCAGGGAUUGAACCAGCGCCGUAGUUGUGGCCUGUGCCACAGCUGCGGUAACGCUGGCUCCUUAACCCACUGUGCCACAAGGGAACUCCCAGUUUCUUAAAAGAUACUUAAUUUAGCUGAAAAAUCUAGAUAGUUUUUGGUAAAGGCCUGUGUGAAAUCUGUAUAUGUUGUAAUAAAGCUUCUUGUGCCAGGAAUUUAUUGAAAGUGUUGAAGAAAUAAAAAUCAACUGACAUACUGGUAAAAUACUUAAAGGUUGGUCCUGAGAAGAUAAUUGUUCUUAAUGUUGUCCAGGACACCCUGGUUUGCUUUGUCAAGCCUAGUGAAAAGGAGCGUGAGCUUUCCGAGCCAGUGAAGGUGCCGCGUGAAUGGCCACAGAGGGAGUGUCCCUUGUCCUGCGGCCAGGAGGUUGGCGACUGAAACAUUCACACAGGGCUCUUUGAUGGACCCAUAAAAGCUUCCUCAGGGGGUCAGCAGAGUUGGUGAAUCUUAAUUUUUUAAAAUGUACUUUUGUAUAAAUAAUAAAGAACUCCUUAUUUUGUAUUACA